AUGUCCGACCCCAACGAGCAACGAGCGGUCGCUACCGCCUUUGCGCCUCCACCGCCCUUGUGGAAGCAUUUUACUCGCGACAACCUCGAUAAGCUCGACCAGAUCAAGACUGAAGCCUCGAAGAAGAAUGACGGAACUUCCCCCAGUGAAAAGUCGUGGUCACCAGCAGAACUACGUGCUUUAGAUCUUCCGCCUGAGUUGCGCUUCCUAGUGCCGCCCGAGAUCCCCACGGGGGAGUAUACCGUCUUUGGAGAGCCGCAGACACUAUCAACAACUCUGCCAUCCUUGAAAGAUCAAGGCAUUGAGCAGCUUUACCCAGAACCCUCCUCCGAAGCCGACCGAGCCCUCUCCCAGCCUGCCCAACCCCUCAACCACGCCUACUACUUGCUGAAGAUUAGCAAGUCCCUCCUGUUGAACUUCCUCGAGUUUGUCGGCAUCCUCUCCGUAUCGCCUGAGCAGUUCGAGUCCAAGGUGGAAGACCUGCGCAAUCUAUUCAUUAAUGCCCACCAUUUGCUCAACCUGUACCGCCCCCACCAAGCGCGCGAGUCGCUCAUCAUGAUGAUGGAAGAACAGCUGAAGCGCACACGAGAGGAAAUAAAGCAGAUGGACAAGGUCAAAUCAGACAUUGAGAGCUUAAUGGAGCGACUCGAAGCCGAGGGCGGCGGGGUCAAUUCCGCCGAACGGCCUGAGAAUACCACCGAGUCGAAGGUGGCAGCUAAACGCUCAGUUGAGGAUGCACAUUUGGUAUGGGAUCUAUUGGAUAAGGUGAAUUGA